AUGUGCACAUCUGCUUUGUGUCUCGUGUGUGUUAGCUUGCUGUUCAGGACCUCUCUAAGCUGCUAUCAGUGCUUUGUUGAUGUGCAAGACAGUCUUCGUCUGUGUUGGGGUCACAUGUUGACUGAGCACAAUGUGAGAAAUGUGGACGCCUGCUUCAGGAAGCUGGACCGCAUAUUCAACAACCAUGAGAGAGUAAUUGAGGCUGGAAGAGUAGGUAAGGGCUCAGACAAACAACUGAAAGAACUUCUGGAUGCAGAGAUCCUGCCCAUCGUGGAAGAGUUUGACAAAAAGCUGAAUAACGACACAGUGUAUGAGGAAAGGUUGCAGACAGCAGCAGACAAUUUCAUCGCAGCUGCCUCCAAACUGCCUAGAGGUGAGACAUGUCUCUGGAUGCUUCCCUCCAUGUGCAUUAGUUUCAUGCACCCAUCAGGUUUUCAGAGUGCAGGUGCAGAAUACAACUGUAUUACCUGCCAGUAUGACUCCUGUGAAUUCCCUCUCGACUGUCCAGUUAAAGAAAUGAAAUCAAUGGAGAACAGCAGGAGCCGAAUGUGGUGUGAAGUGCCAUUUCACCUACCAGACGAUAUCGAGGUGAUUUGGAGAUUUGCAGAAGAGGUGAACACCCAGCAGGUGGAUCAGUUUAAAGAAGUUACUGCAGGCGUGGACACGCUUUAUUCCAUCCCUUCAACCAGCUUGCAGCAUCAGGGCACCUACCUGUGUGAGAUCUACUCAGGCCAUCGCUCCAUUGUCAGGCUGUUCUACUAUCUCGCAGUGACCCCCCAGGUUGUGGCAGGCUACACAGAGCUGCAGGAGAUAUUCGACCUGACUCUUCUCCCAGGAGGGCGGUUACUCCCUGUGCCCAGUGGUCCCCCCCUUCUCCUCCCCCCCUCGCCACAGCUUCUCACCGCCUGUUUAACGGCUUUGCUUCUGCUGCUGUUCCUCUCCCUGGGAGCUCUAUAUUGGACAUCAAAGCCAAAGGAAACGAGUUAUGCUGAGCAAUCAGAUGGAGAUGGAGAUGUACAUUUAGGAUUCUGAGAGUUUUGAAGAUACAUGUAGUGCAAUAAAGGCAUUUCAUCCA